GUUUGUGUGUUUCUGCCCCAGGAGAGGUCUCCGCAGUUUAGACAAUCAGUGUAGAAACAGAAAGGAUUAGAAUGUAACUCUACAUAAACCUAUAGGAACAGAGUGGCAGAAACAAGCAGAACAACUGAGCAAGAGGAUCUACAAUCUCUAAACACCAGCAGAGUGAAAACUGGGACCAGGAUCAGGACUUUCUGACCUACUGAAAUGGACUAUGAACCGAAGAAACCCAGGAAGGCUUUUGUUUCACCCAUAAAGCGGUUGGUUUGGUCCAAAUCUGGUCGUAGACCUGUUGAUCGAGGGAGUGUUUACCGCCGGCCUCUCCACACCGUCCCCCUCUACCCACCGGAUUACCUCAUCCACCCCGAGAGACUCAUCUUUGAUUAUGUGGAGAAGGAAGUAAAGUUCCUCGGUCAUCUGACCUGGGUGUCAGUUUCACUGAAUCCAUCAAGCAGAGAUGAACUUCUACAGCUGCUGGACACAGCCAGGCAGCUGAAGGUACUGCCACUGAAGACAAGCAUUGAUCAGGACUGUAUUCUAAGUCUCUCUGCUCGCUGUCUGCUGCUGACAUGGAGAAACAACGAGAAGCUGCUAAUGAGGAUCCCAACACAUGAGAUCGCUGCUGCCUCCUACCUGCGAGAUGACGCACUACACCUUCUGAUCCUCAAGACAGGACUAAAUGUGGAUUCUGUGGUUGCUGAUGAUGACAGUCUGGACAGAAAGAAAACACAAGGCAUCGAUGGGAGGCGACAAACCAUGGGCUGCAAUGCAGAGUCCCGACCAGCAGGGGGCACAAUGGAGCGCAGACAUACAAUCUGUGGGGUUGACUGGAGACCAUCUCUCUCCAGAAGUAACCAUGACAAAAACCAAAAUGUGGAGAGAGGAGGGGGAGAUAGGGCAGGAGGGGGGAGUUUAGAGAGGAGGAGAGCGGGGGGGAGUUGGGAGAGGAGACAGCAAACAAGGAAAACAGGUGGGAGUUGGGAGAACCGCAGAGCAAGACCUAUGAGUGGGAACUGGGGGGUUGGAGGUGGGGGAGGCAGCUGGGAGAAGAGGCAUGGAGGUGGUGGAGGAGCAGGGAGCUGGGAGAGAAGAGGAGGGGGUGGUGGAGGGAGCUGGGAGCGGCGUCAAGCCUGCACUGGGAGCUGGGAACGAGGUAAAAGCUAUGGCAGUUGGGAAAGGAGGAACUACAACCCACUGGAACCUACACCCUCUCCUGAUGCCUACUGUAACCUGGUCAUCCUGGCUGUUGAGAACAGGGAUGCUGCAGAGGAGUACUGUUCCCUCAUUUGCCAGAUGUUCCAGGUCAUUUACGGACACCAGACCAUUGAAUGUGUUGACAGGGCCGGAUUUCACCACACCAUGCCAGACCGAUUUUGGCUUGAAAGGAGUGACAGCUGCCUGACUGACAUGUCCUACAGUUAUGAUCCAGAGUUUAGCUGCUGCAGUUCUUUCGAUGGCUCCCAGGAGGCCUUUGAGCUCUACUACAGUGAGACAUACAGCGAGAACUCAUCCAUCUCCCUGCAGGACUCACAUCGUAGCCUGGCAUCAACCAGUGAUGGAGCAGACAGCAACCCCGCCCUGCUGCUGAUGCAGGAGUACAUGAUCACACUGAGGAACAAACUGAAUCCUCUGGAGCUGCAGCAGUUUGCAGUCCUGCUGAGAGAAUACAGGCUGGGUUCAAACAUCGACCUCUUCUGCUCGGAGUUGCUGCAACUAUAUGGAGAUGACCGCAAAUUCCUGCUGCUUGGCAUGCGGCCGUUUAUUCCAGACAGAGACGUUGGGGCGUUUGAGACGUUCCUUGAAAGCAUCGGGAUCCGAGAAGGUGGAAUCUUAACCGACAGCUUUGGACGUAUCAAACGCAGCAUGAGCAACACCGCGGCCACAGCCAUGAGAGGUAGGUACGACAAUGGCUCCCUAGCAACAGGGUCUCAGGAAUUUAAUCGCCGCAUCUCUGACAUCACUCACGACAUCCAAACGCUGGGCUUCCAGGACACACAUGGUGACAUAGAGGAGGAAGACUACUACCUCUGAUGAAGCCCCAGAAGGAGAGACUUAAGCCCUGCUGGAACUGAGUGAGAUUUUCUCUGAUAUAAGCGAGUUCCAGUGGGGCCAGGGGCCCAGAAGAGAAAUGGCUCCUGCCGAACAACUGAAAACGGAUUGGCUCCCUGAAAUGGUAGCAUUACUCUGUACACCAGAAUAAACAAAGCUAUUUUUGUAGAACAUCCAGU